AUGCCUGCCUUGCAAGGCCUGCAUGUCCACCCAAAGUUGUACAAGACCGUCGAGGAGAAGGUUUGCCCCGAUACCGGUUUCAGUGCUGGCUACUUCUGGUCAUGCCUCAGCUCCGUGGUUUCCGAGCUCCGCCCGGAAGUGGAGCGAUGCUUAGCCAGGCGGGAUGAGCUGCAGCAGAAGAUCGAUGCAUGGUAUUCCGAGAAGAAGGAGUCUGGCGCGGACCUGUCCAAGCCUGAUUACCGACAAGCCUGCAGGGAGUUCUUGAGGGACAUCGGCUACCUCGUCCCAGACAAAGGGCCAGUCAGCGUGACGACCCAGUUUGUGGAUGAGGAGAUUGCUAAGGUGCCUGCCCCACAGUUGGUGGUGCCUUCCGACAAUGCGCGAUAUGUCCUGAAUGCCGUCAAUUCUCGCUGGGGCUCUCUCUAUGACGCCCUCUACGGCUUCGAUGUGAUCCCGGCCUACUCCGUCACGAGCAGCGGGGUCGAAAUCAACGCCGCAAAGGGCGCGGCCGGCUACAACCCGAUGCGAGGAGAGGCUGUCAUCGAGUUCGCGAAUGGGCUCCUGGAUGAGAUCGCUCCCCUCGUUCACGGAAAGUGGGGUGACGUUUGCCGACUCUGGCCCAAGUUCGUGGGCUCCAUCCAGCGAUUGGAGCUCCUCCUGAAGGACGGCACGACGACGGCCCUGAGGACACCCUCCCUCUAUGUGGGCUCACAGGGUAACUUGGGACCUCCCGACGCGGAUGUGGCGCGACCUAAAUCCUCCAGCCCUUCCGUGCCGGACCAGGGGCGUAUCAUCCUGAAACACAAUGGACUGCACAUGAUCCUGGAGAUUGACCGGACCCACCCCAUUGGCAAGGCAGCUCUCAGUGGCAUCAAGGACAUCACCACCGAGAGCGCUUUGACCGCCAUCCUUGAUAUGGAGGACUCAGUAUCUGCGGUUGAUGCCGUGGACAAGUGCAAGAUCUACUGCAACAUUUGCGGCAUCUUCCGUGGCUCCCUUGAGGCCCCCUUUGUCAAGGACGGCAAGGCUAUGACGCGAAAGAUGAACAACGACGUUUGGUUUCGAGAUGCAAAGGGCAAUGUCUGCACCAUCCCUGGCCGAGCUUUGGCUUUGGUGCGGAAUGUUGGGCACCACAUGUUCACCGAUGCGGUGCUGACAGCGGAUGGCAAGUUUGUUCCUGAGGGGUUUUUGGACUGCUUGAUCACCACGGCGUGCGCCCUCCAUGACCUGCGCGGCACUGGGCGUCUGAUGAACAGCCGUGAAGGCUCUGUCUACAUCGUAAAGCCCAAGCAGCACGGGCCGGAGGAGAUUGCGCUGACCAGCCGUCUCUUCGGCCGAGCAGAGGAAUUCUUCGGGCUGCGCCGCAACACCAUCAAGAUGGGCAUCAUGGACGAGGAGCGCCGGACCAGCGCCAACUUGCGGGAGUGCCUGCGGGCAGCCAUGGAGCGAGUGUUCUUUAUCAACACCGGCUUCUUGGAUCGUACUGGCGACGAGAUCCACACGUGCAUGAUGGCCGGGGCGGUGGUGCGCAAGGGUGACAUGAAGAAGCAGAAUUGGAUUCAGUCCUAUGAGGCCGGCAACGUGGACGUUGGGCUUCAUUCCAACCUGCAAGGACGUGCCCAGAUUGGCAAGGGCAUGUGGGCCAAGCCGGACAGCAUGAAGGACAUGUUGGAGGGCAAGAUUGCGGAGCUCAUGGCUGGUGCCAGCACAGCUUGGGUGCCUUCCCCUGCAGCGGCGACCCUCCACAGCAUCCACUAUCAUCACGUGGAUGUGCCCGAGCGUCAAAUGCAGCUCGCGAUGCGCCCAGCAGCCAAAAUUGAGACCUUGCUCGAGCCUCCCCUCUUGCCGGCCAAGCUGUCGAAGGAGGAGAUCGCUCAUGAGCUCAAGGAGAAUGCUCAGAGCAUUUUGGGCUACGUGGUUCGCUGGAUCGACUUGGGCGUCGGAUGCUCCAAAGUUCCAGAUCUGUCGAACGUGGGCCUCAUGGAAGACCGGGCCACGUUGCGUAUCUCAUCCCAGUUGUUGGCCAACUGGUUGCAUCACGAUCUCAUCUCGGAAGACCAGGUGCGCGAUGUCUUCCUCGAGAUGGCCAAGCUGGUCGAUCAGCAGAACGCACGCGAACCCGGAUACAUCCCAAUGUCCGUGAAUCCCGAGAACAGCCCCGCCUUCCAGGCGGCCAUGAAGUUGGUGCUGGAGGGAAAGAAGGCGCCCAACGGAUACACCGAGUACACUUUGCACGAGGCCCGGCGUGCCGUGAAAGAUCAGUUGCAAGGCCUCUCCAAGCUGUGA